AUGCUGGGUGUUAUUGGCGUGCUCCUCCUGGUGGCGUUCGCCACACUGCUGCUGUGGGAUUUCCUUUGGCGCAGGCGGGGCAAUGGUAUACUGCCGGGUCCGCGGCCACUUCCCUUCCUGGGCAACCUGCUUAUGUACCGCGGUCUAGAUCCUGAACAAAUUAUGGACUUUGUCAAGAAGAACCAGCGCAAGUACGGUCGCCUUUACAGGGUGUGGAUCCUCCACCAGUUGGCUGUCUUCUCCACGGAUCCGCGAGACAUUGAGUUCGUCUUGAGCAGCCAGCAGCAUAUAACCAAGAAUAAUCUGUACAAGCUACUUAACUGCUGGCUGGGCGAUGGAUUGCUGAUGAGCACGGGCAGGAAGUGGCAUGGACGCAGGAAGAUCAUCACGCCUACCUUUCACUUCAAGAUACUGGAGCAGUUCGUCGAGAUAUUCGACCAACAAAGCGCCGUGAUGGUGGAGCAGCUUCAGUCGCGCGCCGACGGCAAGACGCCCAUUAACAUCUUUCCGGUGAUUUGUCUCACUGCCCUGGAUAUAAUCGCAGAAACUGCAAUGGGCACAAAAAUCAAUGCCCAAAAAAAUCCCAAUCUGCCCUAUGUCCAGGCUGUCAAUGAUGUCACCAACAUCUUGAUUAAACGUUUUAUCCACGCUUGGCAGCGGGUGGAUUGGAUUUUCCGGCUAACACAGCCAACAGAAGCUAAACGCCAGGGCAAAGCUAUUAAAGUAAUGCACGACUUCACCGAGAACAUUAUCCGCGAGCGGCGUCAAACGCUGGUUAACAACUCGAAGGAGACAACUCCAGAGGAGGAAGUUAAUUGCUUGGGCCAAAAGCGACGCAUGGCUCUGCUGGAUGUGCUGCUGCAGUCCACAAUCGAUGGCGCUCCGUUGAGCGAUGAGGAUAUCCGCGAAGAGGUUGACACGUUUAUGUUCGAGGGCCAUGACACCACUACCUCGGCGAUUUCCUUCUGUUUGUAUGAAAUCUCAAGGCAUCCGGAGGUCCAACAGCGUCUGCACCAGGAGAUCCGCGACGUCCUCGGCGAGGAUCGAAAGAGCCCAGUUACCCUUCGUGAUCUGGGUGAGCUGAAGUUUAUGGAGAACGUGAUUAAGGAGUCGCUGCGCCUGCACCCGCCAGUGCCCAUGAUCGGUCGCUGGUUCGCCGAGGAUGUGGAAAUACGUGGCAAGCGUAUUCCAGCAGGCACCAACUUUACGAUGGGCAUCUUUGUUCUCCUUCGUGAUCCUGAGUACUUCGAGUCUCCCGAUGAGUUCCGACCUGAGAGAUUCGAGACGGAUGUCCCGCAGAUUCAUCCGUAUGCGUACAUUCCUUUCUCCGCUGGACCAAGAAACUGUAUUGGUCAGAAGUUCGCCAUGCUGGAAAUGAAGAGCACCGUCAGCAAGCUGCUCCGCCACUUCGAGCUGCUGCCAUUGGGUCCUGAGCCCCGCCACUCGAUGAACAUCGUCCUGCGGUCGGCCAACGGCGUUCAUCUUGGCUUGAAACCGCGCGCCUAAGGAAUUCAUUCUUGUGGGUCUAUCCAGCUCUCUUUGCUUAGAAUAAACGUGUAUAGAAGUA